AUGGCCAGAGCCUCCGUCCUAGCUGAUGCCUUGAACUCCAUCAACAACGCCGAAAAGACCGGCAAGCGUCAAGUCUUGAUCAGACCUUCUUCCAAGGUCAUCAUCAAGUUCUUGCAAGUCAUGCAGAAGCACGGCUACAUCGGCGAAUUCGAAUACAUCGACGACCACAGAUCCGGCAAGAUCGUCGUUCAGUUGAACGGUAGACUGAACAAGUGCGGUGUCAUCUCGCCAAGAUUCAACAUCAAGUUCAACGACAUCGAGAAGUGGACUGAGAACUUGCUUCCAGCCAGACAGUUCGGUUACGUUAUCUUGACCACCUCUGCCGGUAUUAUGGACCACGAGGAGGCCAGAAGAAAGCACGUUGCCGGUAAGAUCUUGGGUUUCGUUUACUAA